AUGGGCAAUUACGAGAUGGCAAUAUCAUAUAUUGAGAAAGCUAUUGAAAUUCAGCGAAAAUCUCUUCCAGAAAAUCAUCCAAAUCAAGCUACAAGCUAUAACAAUAUCGAUGUAGUGUAUGAAUCGAUGGAUGAUUACAAGAUGGAACUAACAUAUUUUGAGCAAGCGCUUGAAAUUCGUAAAAAAUCUCUUCCAUCAGAUCAUCCAGAUAUAGCCACAUCUUACAAUAACAUUAUUGUUGUGCAUCAUUUGACAGGUAAUCACAAGAUGGCACUGUUAUACUAUGAGAAAGCCCUUAAAAUUUGGCAAAAAUCUUUUCCACCAGGUCAUCUAAAUCUGGCUACAGUUUAUAAGGGCAUAGCUCUUGCGCAUUAUUAUAUGGGUGACACUGAUGGCACCGUCAUACCACAAAAGAGCAGUUGA